UAGGUGACUGACUUAAUGCUGAUAAAUCAACGAAACGUCAUCUCAGCUCGCGGAGAAUGUUUGGCGUGUCCUGUGCCCCGCCCUUGGGGUUGGCGGGAGCGUUGGGGCCCGUUCUGGGAGACAAUACCCUAUAAAAGCGUAGUGGACACCGGUCGAUGGCAGCCACAUCAACCUCAGCCAUCGAGGCAAAUUUUCCUGUUGUACCAGCAAUCAUCUAUUGUUCCCUUUUCCGUCAUGUGCGCCCUGGUCGCGAUUCUCCUCGUAGCAGCUCUUUCGGUGGCAACCGCGGCACCGUCAGGUUAUUUGGGCCAUGGUGCAGCAUUAGCAGGACCGAUUCUAGGACCUGCAGCUCUCGCAGGCCCUAUUAACGGACCAUCCGCACUCGCCGGCCCGGUGGUUGGACCCGCGCGCAUAUCCGGUGCGGUCGACGGCGGAGCUGUCGUCACUGGUUCUGUGGCUGGACCGUCGGUCGUUUCCGGUAGCAUCCCUGGACAUACGGCGGUGGUCGGCCCGGCUCUUGGCUAUGCCGCACCAGCCUUGGGAUGGCCAGCUUAUGGAGGUCAUUAUGGAGCAGUGCUUGCUGGUCCUGCUGUAGGUCCAGCGGCUCUCGCCGGACCUAUCGCAGCUCCGGCUUUGAUCGCUGGUCCAUCCGGUAGCAUCACUGCUGGACACGCUGGAUUAGGUGGCAUCGUUCGCGGAUAUGCGCCUGGACACUGGUAAUUCUUUACUCGGCAACACGAAGGACCUCCGCGAUUGAUCUCUUAGACACUCGCAAUCUCGAUCACGUUCUGCAUCACGAUCUUCGUCAUUUUGGCAUAUUUCCAAUCACCGUAUUUCUUAUAUAUGUAUAUAACAAAUUUUCGUGCAUACCACGUUACAUAUAAUAAUAAUAAUAAACGCAUGGCACUUCUGGAACAAAA